AUGAGAAAAAAUAAAGAGGUAAUAGAAGAAGAAAUAACUUGCGUUACUGUUAAUCAAUCUCAAAACUCCGACAUUAAUUUGUGUAUUAGUACGAAAGACAACGUAUUGUUAUCAAGUGCGUCGUCAAAUGAAAUAAAAUUAAAAAAAGCUGCUGCUGAGAGUGCUACGUCCGAAACCAAAGACACAAAGUUUAAAGAAAGUUUUGGUACUUUCUUUUAUAAAGUUGCUGGGACGGAUGAAUUAAUUGACUCUUUUGAACUUCAAAACGUUUUAAAAAUGAUAUUUAACUCAAGUGGUAUUUUAAUUAGCAUGGAAACUAGUCGAAGUAUUCUCGCGUUUUCUGAUUCUAAUAGAGACGGGCGACUUAGUUUUAACGAAUUUAAGAACUUAUGGUUUAGUGUAAUAAAGUGGAAAAAGUGUUUCGAGAAAUCAGACUUAGACAAAGAUAAAAUGAUAAAUAAAACGGAGAUGAAUAUUGCUCUUGAAGAUAUAGGAUUUCAUGAUAUUAGGCCACUCACAAUAGAAGCAAUAUUUGCGCGAUAUGAGUAUGGGCGUGUAGUUUAUGCAGAUAUGUGA